AUGGAAGUAAUCGAAAUCGAAGUUGAGAAAGAAGUGACAAAUCCGUUUGUCAAGAGUGGCUUGGUGAGGACACCGCCGCCGCAAACCCAGCAGGUGCAAAAGCAGCACACGAACGAGCAGCAGGCUCAGCAGCAGGGUCAGCAGCAGUAUAGCGCGUGGACGAAACCACCACAACCACCGAGGGUAGAGGCAGCGAAAAAGUUGGUGGACGAGCUGCACGAAUAUGUGGAUAAGAGAAGUAACGUGCACAAAGACAUCAAGGCGUUGGUGAUUAAGCUCCAAGGCGCUCUUGGUUCUGCUGUAAAGGAGUGGAAAAACGUAGUGCAGAGAGCAGAAGCUGGGGAGAAGGAGUUGUUAGCGGCGAAAACUGCUUUAGAGGCACGUCGCGCAGCGCAAAUGCAAAGGGCUGAAGCCGACACAGUUACGAGGGAGGUCAACACGGCGAGUAGUGUUCCCCCUGGGGUGCAGUCCACGCCCUUCUUCACACCAAAAAGCCCAGGGGAAUCGCCUGGAGAUGUUAGACCAGGUGGUCCCAAGAGACACAAGGAUGCCCGUGUCACUGGAGCUAAACUACCACCAGAAGCAACCGACGCGGUCGUCAGGACGAGGAAUAAGAGCGAGGCUCUCAUCGUCAAAGCGAGCGACGACUCGUACGCCGAAGUCCUACGCGCUAUGCGGAUGAACCCGGAUCUUAAGGAGCUAGGGGAAGACGUGCAAAAGGUCAGGCGCACUCGUAAUGGUGAGAUGCUUCUCGAGCUGAAAAGAAACCCCAAAGCAGGCAGCAUCUCGUACAAGGAGCUUACCGAGAAAGCCCUCGGAAACAAGGUGGAAGUAAGAGCCUUGUGCCCGGAAGCGACUCUCCGGUGUAAAGAUCUGGACGAGAUUACUACGGAGGAGGAGGUAAAAUUAGCCCUGAAGGAGCAAUGCGAGCUAGGAGAGGUCCAGAUGACCAUCCGUAUCAGGAAUGGACCUGACGGCACCAAGGUAGCCUUAAUUAAGCUGCCAGUAGAUGCAGCUAAUAAAGCGUUGAAAGUGGAGAAAAUAUGUGUGGGUUGGUCUGUGUGUCCACUGAGCGUUUCCCAGCUACCGGACGUGUGCUUCAAGUGUCUGGGUUUUGGUCACUUCGCACGGAACUGUCAAGGGCCGGAUAGGAGCAAACUAUGCAGAAGGUGUGGCGAGGAAGGUCACAAGGCAAAGGAUUGCACGAAGCCUCCGAAAUGCCUAAUUUGCGCUGCCACGGGGGAUAACAAACAUCCUACAGGCGGUAGCAGAUGCCCGGCCUUCAAACGAGCGAGUGCAACGAAGUCCCAGUGGAGAUGCGAUGUUGCGAUAAUUUCGGAGCCAUACCAAAUUCCACCCGGAGAUGGAAACUGGACAUCAGACGGAGCCAAAACAGCAGCGAUAUGGGCAGUGGGAAAAUACCCCAUUCAAGAAGUGGUGCACUGCGCAGAUGAAGGGUUUGUUAUAGCCAAAAUCAACGGAGUCUUCAUAUGUAGUUGUUAUGCACCUCCACGAUGGACGAUCGAACAGUUCAACCGGAUGUUGGACAAACUAACGGAAGAGCUAACCGACCGAAGACCAGUAGUAGUAGCUGGUGACUUCAAUGCCUGGGCGGUCGAAUGGGGCAGCCGCCUCACGAACUCAAGGGGAAGCAGUCUUCUGGAGGCCCUAGCUAAGCUGAACGUAGAUCUUGCCAACGACGGUACCACUACCACCUACCGUAAGGAUGGUAGAGAGUCCAUCAUAGAUGUCACUUUCUGCAGCCCGGGUAUGAUAAGGAGCAUGCACUGGAGAGUGUGCGAAGAAUACACCCACAGCGAUCACCAAGCGAUCCGGUAUUGUGUUGGACGCGACUCGCAGGUGGAAUCAAGCAGAACGCAGUUUGGUGAGCGAAAGUGGAAAACAGCGAACUUUAACAAGGACGUAUUUGUGGAAGCACUGAGGCUCGAGCGCAACACAAUAAACCUCAGCGCGGAAGAGCUGACUGCAACACUAUCACGUGCGUGUGAUGCAACCAUGCCUAGAAUGGGAAAACCCAGAAAUGGGCGACGUCCGGCGUACUGGUGGAAUUCGACGAUCGCUGACCUGCGGACACGUUGUCUACAUGCCAGGAGAAGGAUGCAGAGAGCUAGAAACAGUGGCGAAAGGGAGGAAAGAAGGUUGCCCUAUAGAAUAGCAAGAGCCGCACUCAACAAGGCAAUCAGGCUCAGCAAGAAAGAGUGUUUAGAAGAGCUGAACAACAACGCCAACGAGAAUCCGUGGGGUAAUGCCUAUAAGAUGGCCAUGGCAAAGAUGAAAGGUCCAGCAGUUCCACCGGAGAGGUGCCCGGAAAGGAUGAAAACUAUUAUCGAGACCCUGUUCCCGAAGCAUGAGCCUACGAUAUGGCCGCCAGUACUGUACGACGUACAGGAUGUCCGCGGCGACGAAAUCCGAGUAUCAAACGAGGAGCUGAUUGCUGUAGCGAAAGCCUUACCGGUGAAGAAGACUCCAGGCCCGGACGGGGUUCCAAAUGUGGCCCUUAAAGCUGCGAUUCUGGAGAAUCCAGACAUGUUCAGGACUACAUUCCAAAAAUGCAUGGAGGAUGGUAGUUUCCCUGACAUCUGGAAGCGGCAGAAGCUGGUGCUGCUACCAAAGCCAGGCAAACCACCCGGCGAUCCGUCAGCAUAUAGGCCUAUAUGCUUGUUGGACACAGUCGGAAAACUGCUGGAGAGACAAGAGGAGGUUACUGGCAAGCGUGUCAUCAUCGAUCGUACGAUACGCAGCUCCAGCGUGGUCGAUGGCAUUGACAACAGCAAGGAACCGAGCCCAGUUGAACCGCACUUUCAGACUGAUGGCAAUGCGCGUGACAAGUUCGUACCGAACAAUAUCGUCAGACGCUGUGCACGUGAUAGCCGGAAUGAUCCCCAUCUGUCUGCUACUGGAAGAGGAUAG